GGUUCCACCUGAGUGGAGUGGUGCGGGCGCCUGCAGCCGUGCCUCCGUGCUCGGAGCCCGAACGGCUCUACAGGGUCACAGUCUCGUUUGACAGAUGCAAAAUAACAGGCGUGACAUGCAGCUGCGAGGCGCGAGACAUCUUUUGGUGCCAGCAUGUCGUCGCGCUGGCUCUCUACCGCAUCAGGAACGCCGACUCCGUGCGGCUGCGGGUGCCUAUAUCAGAUAACAGGCGUGACGUCAGCUGCGAGGCCAGAGACAUCUUCUGGUGCCAGCAUGUCGUCGCGCUGGCUCUCUACCGCAUCAGGAACGCCGACUCCGUGCGGCUGCGGGUGCCUAUAUCAGAUAACAGGCGUGACGUCAGCUGCGAGGCCAGAGACAUCUUCUGGUGCCAGCAUGUCGUCGCGCUGGCUCUCUACCGCAUCAGGAACGCCGACUCCGUGCGGCUGCGGGUGCCUAUAUCAGAUAACAGGCGUGACGUCAGCUGCGAGGCCAGAGACAUCUUCUGGUGCCAGCAUGUCGUCGCGCUGGCUCUCUACCGCAUCAGGAACGCCGACUCCGUGCGGCUGCGGGUGCCUAUAUCAGAUAACAGGCGUGACGUCAGCUGCGAGGCCAGAGACAUCUUCUGGUGCCAGCAUGUCGUCGCGCUGGCUCUCUACCGCAUCAGGAACGCCGACUCCGUGCGGCUGCGGGUGCCUAUAUCAGAUAACAGGCGUGACGUCAGCUGCGAGGCCAGAGACAUCUUCUGGUGCCAGCAUGUCGUCGCGCUGGCUCUCUACCGCAUCAGGAACGCCGACUCCGUGCGGCUGCGGUCAGGAGCAUUACAGCAUGUAGAUAACAGGCGUGACGUCAGCUGCGAGGCCAGAGACAUCUUCUGGUGCCAGCAUGUCGUCGCGCUGGCUCUCUACCGCAUCAGGAACGCCGACUCCGUGCGGCUGCGGGUGCCUAUAUCAGAAACCCUGCUCCAAAUGGACAGGCAGCAGCUGCAGAAGUUCGUGCAAUACCUGAUAGCGGAGCACCAUACGGAGGUGCUGCCAACCGCCCAGAGGCUGGCCGACGAGGUCCUGCAGGCCAGGUCGGCUAUCAACAGGAUAUGCGGCGCGCCCGACCCCACGGCUGGGCCGCCGCCCGACGCGCACCAUGCUUGGCACUUGGAUGAACAGCAGGUCUGUGAACAAGUGCGGGCGUACUUAUUACAGGGGACUUAUUACAAUGCAAAUAAGCAGCUUAAUUCGUUAUUUUCUAAGGUACGAGAAAUGCUUCGCGCGCAAGACUCAAAUGGCCCUCGGAUGCUCAUGCUUAUGACCGAGCAAUUCCUCUCAGACCCUCGGCUCCUUCUUUGGAGGAACCAGAACACCCCCAUGACGGAGAAAUGCAGGCAACUGUGGGAACAGCUAGGAGCUUUAUGGGUCAGCAUAGUGCUGGACCCUGGGAGUAAUAAGCACCACAGGAUACAGUGGCGACAUCUGCUGGAAAAGUGGUCGGCGGUGGAAGUUUGUCCGACUGAGGAUCCGGACUACAGAUCUUUUCCAUUGUAUGCAAGAGAAAGGGAGAGGAACGAGAGAGAUCGCGACAGAGACCACAGAGACAGGGACAGAGAACGCCACAGGGACCGCGAGGAGAGAGACAGAGAGAGACUGCGCGAAAGAGAGGAGAGAGACAGAGAAAGACAUAGAGAAAGACAAAGAAGAGAUUUGCAUUCCCAUUCGGAGAGUUCCGAUGAAGAAUCUAGGCCUAAUAAUUAUGAACGUGAAUACAGGAGAGCUAGCAAACGGUUAAGACUGCACAAUUCGCGGCCGGCGCCUUCGUUGACCCCAAGGACUGUCUUCCACAAAGCGCUGGACGCGGUUGACAUAAGCUGGGAGAAUGAGCACCUGAAGUACAUUCUCAGCAGUGACGAGUAUUCUGAUCCUGAAAAACCGGAGAAGGCUGGUGGCUCGGCUGCUACAGUACCACAACCCUACCCCAAGUUUAAUGACUUAGGACAGCCGCUAUGGCAUGAACAUUUGCCAGUAGUGGGGGCUCGGAUAGAGGCCCUACGAGCUCACGGACGUGCUCCCGCCGCUUUAAGACUGGCCGUCAGUGCAGCGAGGGCGAUGAGGCAUCGACAGGAGGUAGCCCAACACCGGUGGCACGAAGUAGGCGCCGGCGAGGCCUCCUCCAGCGGCGGCGCCCCCGCCCCGGCCUGCGCCGGCGCCGACGCCUGUUCCGGCGCCUGCGCAGACCGUGUCAAACUGUCACUGGUCUGCGCGCACAUGGACUCUGGUGUUUGCCUCACUAGCGCCGCCACGUGUGCUCUGUCGCACACGCACCGGUGUAUUGGCCGAGACAGCAGAUGCUGGACGGGCUGGACGCUGGAGGCCAUCUGGUGCGUGUACGAGUGCCUGGCCGACGCGUGUCUGGCGCCCGACGACCAGCGCGCUUCUCCGCGCCUACACACGGCCUAUCUGGACGAGGAGCCCAACACUGGGCUUCCACCUAGAUAUCAACACGUGCCAGUAGCUGGCAGUAAAAACCCUGAAGAGACAUACUUAGCGCUGGCCUUAGAGGCCGCCUUACUGGGGCUGGGCAUGCAGAGGAUGCUGCCCAGUGGGCUAUACGCACAAGAGCGGUACUGCAAGCAGGAAGAGCGCCUAAUAGGCCAGCUCCAGCGGGUAGAAGGCGAAGCAGCCGCGGGAGUUUGCGCACGUGUCGCGAAGGCAUUGCUAGAGGGCGGGCCCUCUUCGUGUCUCGGGACCAGAGUUCACCCACGGUCGGCGCCUGCUCAUACAUUCGCGAGAUUCCUGUUCCUCACAUUGCUGCCGAGUGACCCUGAGCUGGCAUACAGAGUCGGCUUGAGGGCUAUGAGGUUGCCGAUGGUGGAAGAGGCGUACGCGUUAGACGGCGCCGGCAGCGCGGCCGGCAGCAUGGCGGGCGCCGGCGCCUGGCACACGCUGCAGCACGCCGAGCAACAACAAGCGGCGCUCGCCAGCGCUCUACUAGGAGCGGCGCGAGGAACGCCAGCGCGACUCAGAGCGGCUCUAGGAGCGGCUCAGAGGCACGUGCGAUCCGCGGCUCAACUGUUCCGACUGGCACAAGACGCGCUCCGCCACGCGGCGCCGCCUGACGCGCCGCAUCACCACCGAGACUUGCUGGCGGCCGCCUUCGAGCUGGGCUUACAGGUGUUACGAAUGACUCUCUCGUCAGUAAACUGGAGGCGAAGAGAAAUGGUCCGGUGGCUCGUCACCUGUGCGACGGAGUUAGGAUUGGAUGCGCUACUUUCUAUCAUGCAAAAUUGGUACGAGCUGUUCACGCCUACAGAAGCGACAGGCCCAGUGGCGGCAGCCGCGAUGUCACAUGCGACGGCUCUAAGACUGGGGCUCACCUUCGAGCAGCAGGAGAAACUCAGUGCCUGUGCAAGGACACUAGCGCUACAGUGUGCGGCCAAGGAUCCCCCUGGUUGUGCUCUCAGCGCUCUAUCAGUAUGCGAAGGUUCUGCCGGCGCCUUUGAAGCCGCUUGCGCCGCCGUCGGAGGCGCGGCCGCCAGAGGAGCCCUGGCGUCUUCGCAGCUCUUCGCGGUGGCCAGAUACAUGGAGCAGAGGGGACAGCCCGCGAGAGCGAUGAGGCUGGCCACUUUGGCCAUGAGGAAUCUGCACCUUCAUUACAAUCAAGACAGCCACCCAGCGAUAGCAGACAUCCACUGGGCGGUCGCGCUAGCACAUUCGCUAGGCCGAGCGGAGCUACAGGCGAUGCUGCCUCUGCUUGUCAAGAACGUGCAGUGCGCGCCAGUUCUGUCGGAUGUGCUCCGUCGCUGCUGCGUGGCCGCCGCUGGUUGCUCGCGCUCCCGCCCGCCCCCGCCGCGCCCGCCCACGCCGCUGCGGCCGCUGCUCGAAGCGGCGCUGAGGGCCUACGCCUCCACCACGCACGCACGCCUGGCCCAUAUCAGCCCGAGGCAUUACGCGGACUUCGUCGACUUCCUAGGCAAAGCGCGCGACACGUUUGCGCUCGCGCACGACGGGCCACACCAGUUCGCAGCCCUACUCCAAGAGAUCAAGCUCAAGUACAAAGGCAAGAAGAAGCUCAUGUUCCUCGUCAAAGAGCGCUUCGGUUGAUACACGCUGCAUUCCAGAGCCAGGACUUGACGAAACGCACUCGUGUGACCAUGACUUGUGAGUGUACGCGGGAAUUCGCGGGAUUUUUAGUGAUGUGUGACAAUUACUUGAGUGUACGCUUGGGAUUUGUGUGAUAAUGUCCCGAUAGUGAAUAUUUGAUGACGUUUUCAAGUCAUCUUUUAGUAGAAUGAGUGGCGCAAUAAAAAAUAUUGUCUAUUCUCUGUAACGUGAAUCAAUAUGAUAAUAAACAAUCAUUUUCCUAUUGCUUUACCUAUGGACCAGGAAAAGGUUACGUGGGGUAUCAUUCAACCCAAAAAAGUUAAAAAGAACUAAGUACGCCAUCUACAAUUGAAAAAUGAUACCUCAUUUAUGUCAUGACAGACAAUAGCCGGGGACUUUGGGUGACAACAAUAGAAUUGCUUGAUGACGUCAUUACUUGACAGUUGCGUACACUAGAAUUGGCAGAUGUCAGUGAAGUGUGUCAUGUCGAAAAUAGGUCGUGAAAUUGCCUUGCAACUUUUGGCAAUAUUUUUUUUGUUGGCUUUUUGUGCAAUAGUUCAAAGUUUAGGCGAUAUUGAUAAAAAAAGUGAAUUUAUUGGAAAUAUCAUUCCUUGCAAAUGUAAAGGACCGUUGAUCUAGAAACAUAAGCUUGCCGUGGGUAGUGCUAAGUCUGAAGUAUGUUAGACAUGGAGAAAAAGUUGGAGUGCCUACAUUUUUCUCAAACAAGAGUCAUCUAUGAGUUGAAUGUGUAAACUCGCUGAAAAUUGUAUAUGAUAAAUUAAAAUAGAAAAAUCUGUCUCCAGUAAUCAGAAAACGUGGGCACCCUACUUAACCCUGCGAAUUUAGCGGCGAAAAUAAAAUACCUCAUGUAUGGUACAACCGCGUACCGUAGCGUACCAAACCAGUCUCUCCUAAAGUAUUAUUUUACUUAACGAUUACUGUAGCCGACCUCGUUAACGUCAUUUAUAUUGUAAGUUAUUGUAAUGAUCUCAAUGAUUCCAUUUGUGUAAAUAGACUAGGGCUUGUAAAUAUAGUUAUUGUAUAAGUUUAGCAUAGAUACGUGUAAUUAGUGACUUUGUGCUUUGUGCUGGGCAAUACUCGAUAAAUUAUCAAUAUUUUGGACUGCCCAGCACAGAACAUAGGGCGACGUAGGCCUAGUACGCCAUUCUUAUAGCGUCCAAUAGAAAUGGAAUAUUCAUUAUGAAAUGACACAACACCAAAGAAAUAUAUUGUAAGUCCAAGUGUGAGAUAAGCAAAGCCAUCAUUAUUUCAGUAUUCUUGAGUAUUCGAUAUACAUACAUAGUUAUUUGUUGCUAACUUUUAAGAUGGUAGACAAUGACUGUGAAGUAAUAUUUUUCUAUAGUUCUCAUUUAUUUUUUGUUUGUUAUCAGUGCUUUUAUUACAAUAUUUAUCACACUAAUAUUAAUAUCAAUGAUCAUCAAUAGACACCUACAUUCCGGAUGAUAUACGUCUCUAUAAUUUAAUUUUAAAUGUUUACAAUAAUAUACCAACAUCUUGACUCCGUUAAAACAACGAUAGCCAUUUUCUAUUAACGAAAUCGCUUUGUGUACCUUAUGGCAUACGCCACUAGUGACACCAUUCGUUUCGUAAAAAAAUUGAGACACAAUUUUUACACCAAAAAAAAUUCGGAUUAAAAAGUGUGAUGGGGUUUCAUUUUCUCGUUACAUCUGGCUGUUUAUUUCACGUUAAAUUAAUAAAACAAACUAACAAUGCAACAUAAUACAUUUAAGAUAAGUUCACAUAACUGCCUUUGAAUUAUCGUGUCUGGUACCGCAUGCCGAGAGGAGUGUUUGAAAUAUUAUUUCUCAUACAACUUUAAUUUCUAUGUUAGAUGUAAAGUUUUAAAAAAGUGCAUUUAUAAAGAUAGAAGAUGUUUAAUAUUUGAUAUAGAAGGAGCGUCGGGUAGUGUUCAAGUGUUAGUAACGGAUGGUAAACUGAUAGUAUAUUAGGUUAAUGAAGGACUUUUGUACUUUUUGUGGUGUGAACGAGGGCUCGGCAAAAGCUACACAAAAUAUAUUUUUUGGCAUACCCAUGUUCAAUAAUCUUACCUCAUAAAAUUGACUUUGAUUAUUAUGUUUUCUUACAAAUUAAUGUUCCAGUGUCAGAUUUCCAACGCAAUAUAGUUUAAAUUUCAGUUAAAAUACAAAAAAGCUUUGCCGACCCUAUGUCUAAUGUGUCAAAUCUGAGUUAAUAGUGAAAAAAUAUUCAAUUCAAUCGACGGCAGUUCUAUUUACUUUCAGCCAAAUAAACAUAAAGGCGGCGAAUAUUUAGUACAUGAAUCUUUUAAUUACAUAAUUUAUAACACUCAUGAUACAACCGCAUAGUGUCUAGUUUUUGAACUCGAAUAUUUUUUUGCUGAAGUUCUUACGAUGCCCAUGAUCAUACGCACAAGGACUCUUGCAAACAAUUACUUUAUUUUGUAUAUUUAUUUGGUCUGAAUGAGCCUGGAUGUGCGGUACAGUUAUUUUUGAGAGAAAGGUCUAGAAAACAGAUUAAUAUCUUAAAUUAAAGCAAUAAUUUGCCUUCGGCCGGUCUGCGUCACUGCGUUACUAUUUUUGUGUAAAUGUAAGUAGUUGUGAAUUGUA